GAUAAUGAAUCACAAUACAACCACAUGUCGUCAUCGCCGAUGUCAUCUAUUACUGCUUCCUAUACUACUCCUCCUCAUCAUCGACCUCUCCCGGACCUAUUCCGUAUCUGCCACUGAAGUCCUGCCGAUACCUGCCUCGCCCAGUCGGUCAUCCGUGUCACCAAUAGUGUCACCAGCCAACGUUGGUCGACCAAGGCAAAUCGACGAUGAGGCCUCUCAGAUAGUAUGGCCGAACCUUGAGCCCACCUACCCACCUGAGGAGCACUUCGACUGGGACUUGGUGAUAGUAAUACCAACACACAUUACGGAGUUCUCGAGGAGAUGUGCAGUGCGAGACAGUUGGGCUCGACAGCUGAGAGGACAUGAACAGGGGAAUAAAUAUGGUCGCAGAAGUGUGAAGUUGGUUUUCAUCGUUGGUGCCCACGCCCCGGACGACCGUACUCGAACGAUGGCUGAGGCUGAGGAGAGACAGUUUGGUGAUAUACACGUCCUACCUUCUGAGUUCGUCGAUGAGUACCGCUCCCUGGCAACAAAAACGAGGCUGUCAAUGAGAGACGCGGUCCAUAACAUAGGAAAGUUCCGACUGCUUCUCAAAACGGAUACAGACAGUUAUGUCCAUCUCGAAAGGUUGCUUAACUUCAUUGAGAAGGAGAAAAUGUGGGAUGACCGACGUGUUUAUGCUGGGGCCUUCCGGACAGAUGUGGUGGAGUGGCGGGCCGAGGAAAAAGGUUCCAAAUGGUGGGAUGGCGAUUUCAAGAAAAUGACAGGUCUCGAGCACUACCCCUACAAUGCCAAAGGUGCUGGGUAUAUAGUGUCCUAUGACCUUGCUAAAUAUCUAGCUGAUCCUCCCAUCCCACUACGACGUUGGACACAUGAGGAUGUUGGUGUUGGAUCUUGGCUAAUGGCUGUUGAUCAUCGUCGUGUGUCGAUGCCGGUAUCAUUCAUGACGCCUGAGUGUGGCUGUGGAGCCACAUGCGAUGAGGAUACGUUCUAUCAGGAUGAGGGUGAUGAUAUCUUACGAAGAGAGUAG